AUGUUUGACGCCCCUCCCGCGCCCGCCGCGGCGUGCGCGGGCGCGCGGGGCGCGGGCUGUGCCGCCAACAACACCGCGCACCCGCUCACCUGCACGCAAGGCGCCGGCGGCGACGCAGGGGCCGGGUUUGACAGCGGCGAGACCAACGCGAGCGACCUCAGCAACUCGGCCUCCGGCGCCAACAACGCCGCCGCGCAUCGCAGCAGCGGCGCCAACGCGCAGCCCCGUGGCGGCAACACCGGCGGCGGCAGCGGCGGCCACCGUCACGCGCGCCCCAGCGGGUACCGGCGCCUGUGGGCCGCGGUCUGCGGCCCCGACGGCGCCCCCGGCGGCGACCGCGGCGGCGGCGGCGCCUUCGGCCACCGCGGCGGCUCAGACCCCGGCGCGGCCGCCGCGUCGUGGCGCGACGUCUCUGUUGAGGAGCUCAUCCGCGGCGUGCAGGCGCUGCCCGCGUCGGCACCGGCCGGGGACGCGGUGCGGGCGGGGCUCGCCUACCUGGACAGCCGCGCGUUUGCCGCACUCCUGAAGGGCCUCUCCAAGGCUGGCCUGGGCAACCGGGCCAUGGAGCUUUUUGAUGAUGUCAGGCGCGUGCCCUUGGAUAAUAAUCCAUGCACUGGCAGCCGGUCCCUGGAGAAUUCAAACGAGCUGUCGCACCUCGCUGACGUGUACACCUACACCACCGCCAUCAGCCAGUGCUCGUCGCACCACCAGCUGCGGCGCGCGCUCGAGCUCGUUUCCGAGAUGCGCGCCCGCAAGGUCGCGCUGAACGUGCACACCUACAGCGCCCUGCUCAACGUGUGCCUCAAGUGCAACGAGCUGGACCUGGCACUGGACAUCUACCAGCAGGCGCGCCUCACGUUUGAUCAUGUGUCUUUUUGUGAGAAGGGGGUUCUUGGGGGGAGUUGCAAGGCACCGACUGGGGUGGGGGCGGGGGAGGGGAGCGGUGAAACGUAG